AUGUACUGCCUUGACCACAAAGCAUCGUCAGGAGAAUCUCAUAUUUUGGUGAAGGAAACUACUCAAAAGGUUGAUGAAAACUCUUGGAUAGCCCAUGACCGGUUUCGCCCUUCUUGGGGCUCAUCCGAUAGGUGCAGUCCCCGAGUUUCCCUCAACCUUAUGUUCUACUUGAACCCAAAUUGGACUGUUUUUGAGAAAUACACUCACCAAAAACGAGAGAUUCAGUUGACGAAAAAAUAUCUCAAGAAGAACCAAUCGCUUUACGGUGAUCAGAUGUGCAGUUUGGAAAGAAAGAGUUCACUCACUCAACCACGCAGUGACGAUUGCACCUUGAUUGGUAACCAAGUCUUUUCGAUCGUCACGCAACCAGGACAGUUACUGGGUCGUCGUUCGAUGAUUCGGACACACCAAUCACAUCUCUCAAGUGUGAACACAUUUGCCUCUUCAGACGUGAGAACUCAUAUGCAUCCAACGUGCGUUGUGGUUAAACUCUCGCCCCGGAUGUCAGAUGCCCGGGGUUCAAAUCUCGGCACGGCCAUUGGAUAUGUACUGUUGAUGAGCUAUAAUAAGAGCGAGACUCGAGUCCAGCCGCCUCAUGUUCCGGUUGGCACCAUAUUCGAGAUAUCGCAGUAUAUUUUCGUAAAGGAAACUACUAACAAGGUUGCUGAAAACACUUCGACAGCCCACGAACGGUUUCGCUCUUCUUGGGGCGAAAUGAAAAUAUACUGCGAUAUCUCGAAUAUCGUGCCAACUCAAACAUGA